AACAGCUCUUACUGUCGUGUCGAUCGUCCCGUUCGUGCACGACAGUGAAGUUUUACGCGAUAGAGAAAGCAAAGUGCUCGACGUUAACGUUGAUUCCUCUCAAAAUGUCCAAGCCGAAGACCACGGGUUUAUUCCGACCAUGGAACGAUUUAGAAAUAAAUAAAGCUUCCGGAAUCGCCAUCGUUGACGGCGCGCUCCACAACGUGUCAUGCAGCAGGCAGGAAGACGACGAACAGGUCGUGUCCUCGACAACGUCGACAACUUUGACGAGCAUCGCCGAAACGUCUGACGACUGUGACGGCAAUUUCCUGAACCAAGAAACAAGAACAGAGGCCUCUUCAUCCUUAAUCGAUUAUCGUCGCACGAGGAUUAAGGGAAGCGAGUCCCUCGACGAUGUAGCGACCAGAAUCACGCCAAUCCUCGAAAAUGAGGACGUCUCCGCCAGCCACGUGCAAGGUGCGAGGAGCAACUCACGUGUCUUCCAGCCGCAGCAACCAGUGGAUUCGAUGAUUCCCAUUCGGGACUCGGACGAGUUCGACGGUCCUAGUGACGCUAAUUCGUCGAGCUAUCUGUCGACGCUCAAAGAAUUUCGACCGUCGGAGGAUUUUGCUUCGAUUAUUGGGGCUUAUCCAAUGACGAUUGCGAAUUUAGAUGUCGCAGGAGCGUGGAGCUCCGAAUCACGCAUACCAGACGUUUCCAGGAUACAUUCCUAUCCUGGUGUACAGCCUGGAUUUCAGUCCGGAAUUUAUCCUGGAAUCUUUCCUCUGAACCUUUACAAUCAUUCCAUGGAAGAAGCGGUGCAAUUGGUGCAUCGACAGGACGUUGUCGCGAAAGAGAUGAAGAAGAUGCGGCCGAAGAAACACAGCUGCCCACACUGCAGCAUGGCAUUCAGUAACGGUGGCCAGCUUACCGGACAUAUUCGCAUACACACUGGUGAGAGACCGUUUAAGUGUGACGUUGAGUCCUGCGGAAAACGGUUCACCAGAAACGAGGAAUUGACGCGGCACAAACGAAUUCACACUGGUGUUCGACCUUACUCCUGCGUCUUCUGCAAGAAACGGUUCGGGCGCAAGGAUCAUCUCAAGAAGCAUAUGAGGACUCAUGAGGUACGCGAUUCGUAUCGCGUUUCAACGGCGGCGUUAGGCAUGAUCGCUUCUUUAAGUUAUCCAUUUCAACAAACUGCCGAACUUUCGCCAUACUUCUAUCAGAUCUGACGUUGGAUUUUCGAUAGAAAAUCGAGUACAGCGAUCACUUUGACAAUAAACAAAUUUAAUUUUUGUUAUGUUUACAAUAUAAACACGUACUAUUAUAUCCAGAUAACACAGAAUACAACAGAAUAUUUUA